UCAGUAGUUUUCAGUAUGGCGGCGGCGGCGGCGACGGGAACGGCCACCACAAGGCCGGAAAGAAACUUCCGGAAAGCGGCUCGGAGCUGAGCAAUCAGCCCGCCUGAGCCGAGCUCCGAGGCUGAUGGAAGGUCGAUCCCAGGGUGGGCCGGGACCCGAGCAAAUAAGCGCCGCCCCGGGCGGAGCCCAGCCGGCCGGGUCUCGGUUUAACGGCAGCCCGAGCGAUGCCCCGGGCCCCUCUCCUUUCCGGAGGGCAGGUACAUAUAACAACCCACCUAAGAUACUGGAGGGCACAAUUUGCACGGACUUCUUGACCCCUGCUGGACAGUGUGUCGAUAAUUGUGAAGUUGUGAAUUUUCAAAACUGUGAAGUAAAGGCAAUGUGGUCCUUAUCUGUACCAAAAUACAAGCACAAUUUGCACUGCUCUAGGUAUGAAGACAGCAAUAGCCUUAAUUCUGAGGACUCGGGCAUUCCCACAUUAGAAAUUGGAAAUCCAGAGCCCAUCCAUUGUGGUGUGUUAAAUGUCAGAAUGAACAAUGCUGAUUUAUCCCAAACAACUGGAAUGGCACAAGAUAAACUUGGACAAGGUUCAGGUAGUCUCCCACCUGGCAUGUGCUCACCAGCUAUCCGUCUUGAGACUGACAAUGCGUUGCGAAAAUCUUCAACAUUUCCUCGAUCUGGUUAUGAUAAUGUGAAGCCUUACAGUCCAUCAAACAGAGUAAACAAGGCUGAUGAUAUAUCUGUAAGCAGUAUUUCAAGUCUGAGCACAGAACUGUCCACAACCCUGUCUGUUAGCAAUGAGGAUAUUCUAGAUAGUUUGGUCACCAGUAACUCGAGUGCAAUUGUAAAUCUGGAAACUGAUGAGGCACAGUUCACUGAUAUCAGUCUAAAUUCUUCGCGAGACAGCUACAAUCAAAUUAACAGUCCUUCAGAACAAGAGACCAAAUACAAAAAACUGGGCACACUUGCCAGCUUUUUUACCAGGAGUUUGUUUGCUAAGAAGCUCAAAGAGCCCGUACCAUUAGAGCAGAAUACUCAAGGAUGGAAGUUGUUUGGGAGGAUACCUGCCAAGGAAAGCCCUCUUAAAGAAUCCAAGAAGGUUCAGCAGGCCCGCAGUGAUGAACCUUCCAAGAUGAACCAAGAAUAUGAAGAAAGAUCUAGGAGAGCCCAGAAGUCCCCCUCUCCGAAUCAGAGUGUGAGGAAAAACCUUGACUUCGAGCCUCUCUCCACAACAGCACUUAUCCUUGAGGAUAGGCCAGCGAAUCUCCCUGCAAAACCUGCAGAAGAAGCUCAGAAACACAGACAACAGUACGAGGAAAUGGUGGCUCAAGCGAAAAAACGAGAACAAAAGGAUGCUCAGAAGCGAAGGAAGCUGCUGGAAGACAGGUGUAAGCUGGAAGAAACUAUUGGUAAUGCUGUGGUUACCUGGAACAAUGAAAUCCUACCGAACUGGGAGGCUAUGUGUCAUUCUCGUAAAGUUCGUGAUCUCUGGUGGCAAGGUAUUCCUCCAAGCGUAAGAGGAAAAGUGUGGAGCUUGGCAAUAGGCAAUGACUUAAACAUUACUCAUGAACUGUAUGAUAUUUGCUUAAGUCGGGCUAAAGAUAAAUGUAGAUCUCUCAGUACAGCACACUCUGAUGUUGACAGUGAAGGAUUAUCUGUAGCAGACAGGGAAGCCAGUCUGGAGCUCAUAAAGUUGGACAUUUCUCGCACCUUUCCGAACCUUUGUAUAUUUCAGCAGGGAGGUCCAUAUUAUGAUGUACUACACAGCAUUCUAGGUGCAUACACCUGUUACAGACCUGAUGUAGGAUAUGUACAGGGAAUGUCAUUCAUUGCUGCUGUGUUAAUUCUAAACCUGGAUACUGCAGAUGCCUUCAUUGCCUUUGCUAACUUAUUGAACAAACCAUGUCAAAUGGCAUUUUUUCGUGUGGACCAUGGCCUUAUGUUGAAAUAUUUUGCAGCCUUUGAGGUAUUCUUUGAGGAAAACCUACCAAGGUUAUUUGCACAUUUCAAGAGAAACAAUCUUACCCCAGAUAUUUAUUUAAUUGACUGGAUCUUUACUCUCUACAGCAAAUCUUUCCCUCUGGACCUUGCAUGUCGUGUCUGGGAUGUAUUCUGCCGAGAUGGAGAGGAAUUUCUUUUCAGAACUGCUCUGGGGAUCUUAAAGCAAUAUGAGGAUAUUUUGACCCAAUUGGAUUUUAUCCACAUGGCACAGUUCCUGACCAAACUCCCUGAAGAUAUGUCAUCUGAGGAUCUGUUUGGAGCCAUUGCAACUAUUCAGUUGCAGAGUAGGAAUAAAAAGUGGGCUCAGGUAUUGUCAGCACUGCAGAAAGAUACAAAAGAGGUGGAUAAAGGAAGCCCAGCUCUGAAACGAUGACCUGCAUAUUUGAACGUUUGAAGGCAGUUUGCAGUACAUUAUGUCCGCUGUACUCAAAAAUGCAAAUCAGACUUUGUAAAUUGCAGUACUGGGGUUCUUACUGUGACUUACAACAAUCCAUGAGUUAUCUGAUAUAUUGGCCUUAGCCUUAAAAGAAUACAUUUUACAUAAUUGAAAUCAAGGAUGCAGCCUUAAGAAUAUUGAAUAGCCACAUCUCCUACCUAUCACGUGAUGUUACUUUAGUUGAACAAUUUUAAACUUCAUUAAUGUAGUACAACAGAAGUGCUUACUUCAGUUGUGUUUGAUAAAACUUUAUAUAAAGCAUUUUAAAUGGGUGGCAUAUAAUAUACUGCCAGCAAAGUCACAAAUUUGAUCAACAUGUGAUUUGCAAAGUGCUCAUGUCCACUCUUCCAGAACAUGUAACAAAAUGGGUUCAUAAAUUUGAGAGCAUAGUUCUCCUUUCAGCUCAGUCGCCCUCACUUCAUGUCACUUAUGUCAGGAGAUUUAGGAAAUGUUGAACUUAAACCAUAAGUUAGUCUUUCCAACCGUUUUAUAGCUUUUUAUAGCUGGAAGCAUCUAACUUCAGCUCAGUUUCAAAGAAAUUUUGUACUUCACCAACCCCUGUUUAUAGCAGUUUUUUAAAAAUGGAGAACUGCAUUCCUAGUAAUUUGACCUACAUCUGAUCUCACCUUGAGUUAAAGGAGAAGACAGAACUGUGGCUGCAUCCAUUCAUCAUAAACUGUUUAGAAUCAUACUAAUGAAUCGUUCAAUAAGCUUUACUUUACAUUGAAAUACACUCUCAUUUUGCUGCUUGUGCAAACAAUUACCAGAGUAAUGUUAAACUUAGUGAAUAAUGUAUAAAAAUAUGAUUUUCAGUAGCAAAGCAAGUGUUUCUUUUUGCAGGUCAUGCACACUGUAAUGCAGUUUCUACAUUGGCAUUAUUGUUAUAAAACUUUCAUAUUUCAAUUGUGGCCAGUGCUACAGGAACAUGAUUACAUGUAUAUUCAAAUUGUAUGCACAUUAAUAUUUCUGAUCUUUCCCCUCCACUUCUUUCCAAAUGUGAAGUUUCUCUGUUCUCCUGAAAUUAAUAAUUAGUAUGGGUAGACUUGCAUGGUAGCAUACCCAAGUGCCCCUGGUUCAUUUUGAGCCUAAACAGUGACAGUUGUACGCAUUUCUACAAUGGGGCAUAACUGACAUUCACAGUUGCCCCCUUUGCAUCCAACAUGCAUGUUCCAGCACGAGUCUUUCGAUACUGAGUAUGAGCACAGGCCAGUUUUUUUUUCUCAUCAACCAUUAAAAAAUGAUUUCUGUAUCUUACUGCAAGCCCACCAUCUGUGUGCAGAGAUCAGUUGACUUGCACAAACCAGUGCAACUGUAGAGGCUGUUUAGCAUAAACAAACACUAAGGUACUUCUGAUAAUAAGAUAAGACAUGCAGAAGAAUCUAGCCUAGUACUGGAUUGAAUCCUAAUUCUGUUAAGCUUUGUUGUUUGGUAUUGGAAUUUUUUAGUCCUGAUACAUGUUGGGAUGAGUUCUGAAUUAGUGCUAAUGUGCAAUAUGUUCAUCAGGACAGUCGCUGAUUAAUACUAUGUCCAGUAACAUCCUGACCUGUGAGCUCUCACCAAAAGUUUAAACUGGCAAAGUCAAAUUGCGUGGCUAGAUUUUAUGUUCUAUGCUCACAGGGGUUAAAGAGGUCGACUUUUGCGAAAAUACUUCCCAAAGUAUUACAUUCCCAAUUAAACUCAAACACUGCUCAUUUUUCACCUUUACAAGGCUUUAUGAUUAACGUACAAUCAAAGGGUAUGUGUGUUUAAAUUUGCCAUCUCUAUUUGCACAUCUGAAGACAUGAGAACUUCGGGUUUAUGAACAAAAAGAUGUGAUGACCUCUUGAGUCUCAGUGUCAGUUUGGUUUUUGUACAUGUGAUCUGAAAUUUCCUUUUGAGGAAAAUAGAUGGCUUCACUAUCACCUGUCUUGUAAACUGCUUCACACUUUGAUCGUUAUGCAGACUCCUCAGUGAAUUGAUCUGUUGUAGGACUUAAAUCAGCAGAGACACCAAAUUGUUGGUAUAUCUGGAAACCUUGUUUGUAACCAAAUGCAACAAGAGAUUCUAUAUUUUCCAGGUUUAAAAAUCUGAAUUCAAUGAAUCAAAAACAUGUAAUGUUACACACAGUUUAGGAAUAUGUUUUAAUUUGGGUAAUAUGCAAAAUUAACAGGUCAAUUUAACGAUUAUUUAUCUGGGUUAUGCAAAACUUUGUCACCAAAAGUGGAGGUACAGUACAGUAAAGAGGUACAGUACCGUGCACAGGACCACUAUCUCAAGGAGGAAAUAGCUAUAAACUAAACCUCUCCUUUCCCACUGACUGCUGUAGGAGAUGGUGAAUAGUUGGAUAUCGAAGGCCUGUUAGCAGAAAGUGGCUUAUUUGCACUUGUGUAACACAAUACCUUAUAUGUUUGUAUAACUGGUAUUUGUGAAGCUACUUUUUUCCCCAGUUGUUUGUGUGCAGUACUUUUACCAUUUAGUGCUUUGUAUAGAUGUCAUCACACAAUGAAAAAUUAUUGUGGUAGUGUGAAGAGUUAAAUGCUGCAAUAAUUAAAUAUUUGCACAGUUUCUUUUGAGAGAAUUCAUCAUGAAAUAUCCCUCAUCUGGAGUGUAGUUGAGAACUUUUACUUUGAUUAGAUUUGAGGUACUUAGUGACAAGCAAUGCAAUUACGAUGUAUAUAUAAGUCUCAAUCAAAUUAGAUUUUUUCAAGUUGUACAGAUUGAAAUGUUUAAAGACUGUGUUUAUAUCUAUUUUGGAGGACCAUGCACAGUACCCUUUCAUUUUAACUGCAGUGUGAUUUGUUUCUUACAUUUGAUUUUUUUUUUUGAGACGGGUAACACUCCUAUUUUCUGGAUUUUGCAAAGUUUCUGCUGUUUUGCCACUGGAAGUGAUUUUCACACAUUUUAAAUGUGCUUCAUUAAUUGUACAAUCAUUAGAAUGUAAUUGACAGUUUCAACAUUAUGAACUAACAUUUUAAAAAGCACGCCUGUAGUUUUAAUAAUGGUACAUACUCUAUUAAUCCUUGCAGUAUGUUUGGCUGUAAAUGCUUUAAACUGAGCAAACUGGGAAGUGUUUACUCAGCUGAUGUGAAAGGAACUAUACUAAGUACAGAAUAUAAGACUUUCCUUCAAAUGUAAAUAAGAUGUUUUCCUAAAAGAAAUAACUCUGAAUAAAGACAGACUGAUAGUGAAA